GUUUCAGACCGUAAUGGCGAAUAUCUCACAGUUGAUAUGUUUGAACGACUUUCAUCAGAUGUUAAGUUGUCUUAAAUUAAUCUCGUAAAAAAAAAAACGAAAAGUCACGAAGGAAGACAGAUGGAAGAAAAUUCGUUACAUCAACGAUUCAUCAAAGUAUAUAAUGUAUCGAUUGAUCGAUAGUUCUGUACUAUUCAUGAUAGGGGUCGUUUCAUUUAUAAUAAAAGUUGAUUCAAGAGAUCGUUUUGAGUUAAAAAAUGUUGUUAUCACGUAGUACGGCACUUUUAAAAAACGUACGUUAUUUAAAUGCAAAGAAACAGACUACAAUAAAUUUAAAUCAAAUUCGUACAUGUUUUUGUUAUCGCUCAGCACCAAAACAUGAAACAUCAUGGGUAAUAGUAUCUGAAAUUUUGGGUGGAAUAAUGUGGUGGUGGAUUUUUUGGAAUUUUUGGCAUGAAUAUAAGCAUCUUAUUGGUCAUUUUCCUGAAUUAUGUCCAGCAGAUUGGACAGAUGAAGAAUUAGGAAUUCCACCAGAUGAUGCUUAAAUAGAUUUUCUUGUGUAUCAGAAUCUUAAUCUUGAUCUUGAGAAUUGUAAUCUUGAUAUAUAUGUUAAAGAUUUUAUUGUAUUUAAUUUAAAUAUAAAAUUACAACUAAAACUAAUAGAUGUACUAGUCAAUUGAUAAUUUAUCCAUAUUAUAUCUUUUUCCAAUAAAGAUAUUUCUUGAAUUAUACAAUUAAAAA